CACCGGCGGAGGUGCUACGAUUUUCCGCGCAAAAUUCAGUCGCACUGUCCGGAAGUCGAUCGCGAUCAGCUUCCGGUCGAUCUUCGAUCCGGCGAAAUCAUCAUUUGCUCCCUCUGGUGGUGGGUGCAUGCGAAAUUGUGCCGAAAAGGUGUCGCGAGGAGGUGUCUUUUGUGUGUUCCUUUUCAUUACAAAAAUCGUUUGGAUAUGUUUUUAGGCCUACCUCAGUUUUCUGCCAGAAGGAUUAUCGUUUGAUACAAGUGGACACAUGUAAAUACCCGAACAUUACUUCCCAUCUUCCUUUGCCAAGAGAGAGUGCAGGUGGAAUCAUGAAGACCCUGCCUCUCCUUCUGCUCCUCUUCGUCUGUCCUCUCACUCUGGGAUCGGACCUGGCUUUCAAAGGGCACGGCUCGGACAUCCCCGUUUUGCGUGUCUCCGUUCCCCACGACGCAUAUCCGGGCUACUCUAUAACCAGGCUGAACUAUCGAGGGCAAGCGUUCUCAUUGUUGGAAAACGAAUUCUCCUGUCUGUUCGCCAUACUAUCUGAUGGUUUGCUUAUGCCAACUGGAGACAUCAGCCACCUUGCUGAUUCACCACCUUUGACCUUGGUAGUCAAGGAGGAUUCCGUGAAUGGAACGAAGGAGCAGAUGGUGGUGGUGCACGUUGUGGAUAGAAACAGGUUGGUGAGAUUCACUCAAGAUGCUUACAGCGGCAGUGUGUACGAGAACGAGCCGGUGGGAACGGUGAUUGAAGGUUUGGACCGACUCUUCGCCACCUCAGACCCCCAUCAUCCAAUGGUAUAUACCUUUGUAUCUGGCAAUGAGGGGGAUGCCUUCAGCAUUGUGCAGCCAGUGACGAACUUGUCAACCCCUAUCCUUGUUCGUACAAAUAAAAUUCUCGAUAGGGAAGAGCAAGAAGUUUACGACUUGGUUAUCCGCGCAACAGACGUCGAGGAAGCCAAUUCUGCUGACGCUACUUUAACUAUAACUGUGGACAAUCUUAAUGAUAAUGCCCCAGUGCCUGAUAGGACAGUCUAUGAAUUCAGAAUACCCGAAGAUUUGGAAUUGUAUUCCAUUGUGGGUAACGUAAGUGCGUUUGAUGCUGAUGGGGACAAACCAGUGUAUCAUCUGGUGUCUCGCCAUCCGGUUUUUGCAAUCAUCCCCAAAACUGGUCAGAUCUUGCUCAUAGCUACACCCGAGCUCAAGACCUACAAACUGAGCGUCCGGACUCAGGACACGGCCAAACCUCCGCGAGUGAGUGCGCCGUUUUCUGUGUACGUGGAGGUCUACAGCGAGGAGUUACUGCCGGAGGAAGAGGCGGACCUGUCCAACGAGAUAGUGCCUGUUCGACAGAAAAGAAGUGUUCGGCCGACCAAGAGUUACGAGUACAAGGAAACCGACGGCUCGAAGCCCGGGAAAGUGAUGUUCCAGUUGGAUAAGAAGCACCCACAAGAAUCUUACAAAAUGGAAGGCCCCGUUAAGUGGGUGGAAGUGGAUUCGUCCGGAGACGUCAAAGUGAAAGAGCCUUGGGACUACGAACAGUUGGGCAAGGAAAAAACCAUCGAUUUCUGGGUAUUUGUGACCGGACCUAACAUUAACGAUCCUGAGCGGCAGCGCGUCAUCAUCCACCUGAAGGACGUGAACGACGAGCCGCCCUACUUCAUCAACCGGCCACUGCCCAUGCAGGCGGUGGUGCAGCUGAACGCUCCGCCCGGGACGCCUGUCUUCAAGCUGCAAGCCAGGGACCCGGACACAGACCACAACAUACAUUACUUCCUCGUCAGGGACAGAACCGGUGGGAGAUUCGAAGUGGACGAGCGGUCAGGGGAGGUGCGAACACUGGGCAGCGACCCCUUUAUGCUGGACAAGGAAUAUGUGCUGUACGUUAAAGCCGAGGACCACAACGGCAUGACCGAGGAUCGCCAACAUCAGUCCACUGGCGAGGAGCGACUGUCCAUCAUGGGCGGGAAGAGGCCCCCGCAAUUCUAUAUGCAGAAGUAUGAGGCCACCAUUCCCGAAAACCAGAGGAAGGAUUCCGACAUCAUAGAGGUCAAGGCGAAGUCGUUUGCUGACCGAGAGAUCCGCUACACUCUCCGUGCCCAGGGCAAGGGAGCGGGCACUUUCAACAUCGGCCCCACUACGGGCGUCGUGAAACUCGCCAAGGACCUGGACUACGAGGACCUGAGACAGCCGAAGUCCUAUUCGCUCAUCGUCACCGCCACAGAAGACUCGGGAGGAUUCUCCACUUCAGUAGAGCUGACGAUUAAAGUGACGGAUGUCAAUGACAAUGCUCCCAGAUUUGAACUGCCAGAUUACCAAGCACAUAAUGUGGACGAAGACGUUGCAGUCGGAACAUCAAUAUUACAAGUCUCAGCUAGUGACAUGGACCAAGGCAAGAACGCAGAGAUUGAAUACUCGCUGGACAAGGACGACUUCACAAUCGACAACAAGGGCAUCAUCUAUUCUAAUAAGAGGCUGGACGCAGACAUCAACAAUACGUACGUCCUCACCGUUCGUGCAACUGACAGGGGUGACCCUCCUCUGACUGGGACGGCAACCGUCCGCAUUUAUACGGAGAACAAGAACGACGAACCCCCGAAAUUCAGCCAGGACGUAUACACCCCGAAUGUGGAUGAAAAUGCGGGGCCUAACACUUUGGUUACAACUGUUGUGGCCAGUGACAAAGAUGGAGAUAAUAUUUACUUUGGAUUUGUCGGAGGAGGGACUGUUUCUGGAAUGUUUCAGAUAGAGGAACGGACGGGCGUGAUUCGGCUGAUCAGUGGUCACAUCCAGCUAGACAAGGACAAGUACGAGUUGAAUGUGACGGCGCGGGACGAUGGGGCGUGCUGCAAAAAUGGCGCCCUCACCACCCAUACCAGCACCGCCCUGGUAGUGGUCUUCAUCACGGAUGUGAAUGACAACAAACCGCUCUUCGAAGAGUGCGCUACUUACGCGCCCCAAGUAGAGGAAGGGGCGCCCAGUGGAACAAUGGUCAUCAAGGUGAAAGCGGUGGACAACGAUAAAGGUCACAAUGGUCAGGUGAGAUACUCCAUCGUACAACAACCCAAUCAAAAAGGGACGAAAUUCAUCGUGGAUGAAAUCACGGGAGAUAUUCGCACCAAUAAGGUGUUCGAUCGUGAAGGGGACGACGGCCGCUUCGUGAGCGUGACAGUGAAGGCCACGGAUCGUGGCAAUCCUCCCCUGGAAGGCGUUUGCUCCUUCAAAGUAGAGAUCACGGACAUCAACGACAAUCCUCCUCUGUUCGACCGGCAGGAGUACCGGGAGAACGUGAAGCAGGACACUCCCAAAGGGACCAAUAUUCUGAGGGUUUCGGCCUCGGACGAGGAUGCGGACAACAACGGCGCCAUUGUCUAUAACCUGACUGCGCCUUAUGACCCGACGGACCUCGACUACUUCGAGAUCAAUCCUGACUCGGGAUGGAUCAGUCUGAAGAAAGCUCUGGACAGGGACCAGUAUCACCUGCGUGCCAUAGCGUUGGACAAAGGUUUGCCUCAACACAGAGCCACUGUGGAAGUCAUUAUAGAUGUCGUAGAUAGAGCCAAUAAUCCUCCCAUUUGGGACCAGCCGGUUUAUGGUCCCAUCUUCAUCAAGGAAAAUUAUAUGGUUGGUCAGGUGGUGGCUUCUAUCAAAGCCCGCUCUGGCAUCCCUGACAACCCUACUGUUUUCUACACCUUGAUGAAGGGGAGCACUGAGCAAACCAACAAGAAGGAUACCUUCUAUUUGGACCAGAGGAAUAUGAAUGGAGACACCUGGGCUGACAUCCAGGUCAACUACCCUCUUGACUACGAAAGAAUCCAGCAGUACAAUCUCACUGUCAGGGUAGAGAAUAAUGGCAUCCAACAGUUGGCUUCGGAGGCUACCGUGUACAUCGUUCUGGAAGACGUGAACGACGAGAUCCCUCUCUUCAUCGAGAGGGAGCAAGAGACAGUAUUGGAAGGAAUGCCACCCAACACGAAGGUCACGCAGGUGCAGGCUGUGGACAAAGACGGCACCUAUCCCAACAACAAGGUCUAUUACGCCAUCGAGUCGAAAGACCACGGCGACAAGUUCUUCUCAAUUGAUAGGGAAACUGGCGAAAUCUACACCCGGGUGGAAUUUGACAGGGAGGAAAAGCAGGCCUAUGCCAUCCUAGUCAGAGCGGAGGACGGCGCGGCCUCUGACAGGCCCAACAUGAAGCCCGGGGAACCCAAUUCAGUGACCAAAUACAUCCGAAUCGGUAUCGGAGACAAGAACGAUAACCCCCCGUACUUCGACCAGGCCCUCUACGAAGCAGAGGUAAACGAAGACGAGGACAUACAGCACACGGUCAUCACCGUCACGGCGAAGGACAAGGACGAAUCCUCGAGGAUUCGUUAUGAGAUCACGCAAGGCAACAUCGGCGGUGCGUUUGCUGUCAAAAAUGAGACGGGCGCCAUCUACGUGGCCGGACCGCUCGACUAUGAAUCCAGGAAGGAGUACAAGCUGAGGCUGGUGGCUUCGGACAACCUGAACGAGAACCACACGACGGUCGUGAUCCACAUCAAAGACGUCAAUGACAACCCUCCGAUGUUCGAUCGCCCCACCUACGAGACGCAGAUCACCGAAGAGGACGACCGCAACCUUCCCAAGAGAGUGCUGCAGGUGACAGCGACAGACGGCGAUCGCGACCGCAAACCAGACAUCGUGUACUUCUUGACAGGCCAGGGGGUGGACGACCAAGAUCCUGCAAACAGCAAGUUCGCUAUCAACACGACGACUGGUGAAAUCUAUGUUCUGAAACCUCUGGACCGAGACCUGCCCCACGGACGAUCCCAGUGGCGGUUCACAGUUUUCGCCGAAGACGAAGGGGGCAACGGCCUCGUCGGCUAUGCCGACGUCCUGGUCAACUUGAAGGACAUCAACGACAACGCGCCCUUCUUCCCCUAUGCCAUCUACACAGGCAAUGUGACAGAGAACGGGACGGCAGGAAUGACGGUGAUGACGAUGACGGCGACUGACUACGACGAUCCGAACGAGGGCACCAACGCCCGCCUCAAGUAUUCCAUUGAGCAGAAUCAGGUGAACGAGAACGGGGAGCUCAUCUUCACCAUCGACGAAGAGACAGGUGUCAUCUCGACAGCCGUCUGCUGCCUUGACCGGGAGACCAACCCCGAGUACACCAUCAAGGUGGUUGCCAUGGACGGAGGGGGGCUCAAAGGUACAAACGUUUUCAAAGGAACGGGAACAGCCACCAUCAAGAUAAAAGACAUCAAUGACAUGCCACCAGAAUUCACAAAGAAGGAGUGGCAAGUGGAAGUGGAUGAAACGGAAGGAGACAACAUCCCGGAGACACCCAUCCUCGUGGUCUCGGUGAACGACGGUGAUCUGCUCGAGACAAACAGGUUCAGCUACAAGGUCAUAGACAAUGCCUUCGGGGCGGACAAGUUUACGAUGGUUACCAACUCCGACGGUACGGGUUCGCUCAAGAUAGCCAAGCCCCUCGACUUCGAAGACCUUCAGCAGCGGUUCGGCUUCAACAUCACGAUCCAGGUGAGCGACCAUGGCGGCGAGAGCUCAGAGCCCUAUCACGUCGACUACGCCAAGGUGAGAGUGCGCCUCAGAGACAUUAACGACAACAAGCCCGAGUUCGAGAAGCCCAACAUCGAGGUCAUCGUCAAGGAGGACGCCGACAUCGGCACCAGCCUCGCUACUUUCAGAGCCACCGAUGCGGACCAGGGAGGCAAGUCCAGAGUCAGUUAUACCAUCGACCGAUCUUCCGACAAAAAGCGACAAUUCCGGAUUGACCAGAACGGAGUUGUUCGGAUACAAAGGACGCUGGACAGGGAAGAGACGCCCCGGCACCAGGUCAAGAUUCUGGCCAUUGAUGACGGGGCGCCUCCUCGGACGGCCACUGCGACCUUAACGGUGGUUGUGAGCGACAUCAACGAUAAUGCGCCCCGUUUCCUGCGAGACUACCGCCCCGUCAUCAUGGAGCAUUCACCUCCUCAGAAGGUGGAAGAAAUUUUGGCUACUGACGACGACGAUCGCUCAAAGGGCAAUGGCCCGCCCUUCACAUUCCGCAUGGACCCCAAUGCACCGGACAUCAUCAAGCAGUUCUUCGAUGUUCAGCACGAUCCCACCGGCGCCAACGGGGAUGGCAUGGCCAUUGUGACGUCCAAGGAGCGGUUCGACCGCGAACAGCAGAAGGAGUACCUGGUACCCAUCGUAAUCAAAGACAGCGGCACCCCAUCCAUGACCGGCACCUCCACUCUCACCGUCAUCAUCGGUGACGUCAACGACAACCGCAUGCACCCUGGCAGCAAGAGCAUCUUUGUCUACAACUUCAAAGGAGAAUCUCCCCCGACUCCCAUCGGUCGAGUGCACGUGGAGGACCUGGACGAUUGGGAUUUGCCCGAUAAGUCCUUCUACUGGGAGAACAACAUCGCCCACACCAAUUUCGAGGUGGACAAGGACACUGGUCUCAUCGUGAUGAAGAACGUGACGAGUGGAGGGACCUACUUCCUGAGGUUUGUCGUCCACGACCGCGUCCACACACAGGAAGUGUCCGCCAACGUCUCCGUGACUGUCAAGGAGAUCCCAGAGGAGGCCAUCUUCAAUUCAGGAUCCAUUCGGAUAUCAGGCAUCAGCGCCGAAGAUUUCGUGCGGGUGUGGAACUGGACCGAGAACCGACAAGUGAAAAGCAAGUACCACAAGUUUCGCGACAUGAUCUCGAGUCUGACGUCCACCCGGCGGGACAAUGUCGACAUCUUCAGCGUCAUCCUCAAGCAGGAGCGUCCUCCCAUUACAGACGUCCGCUUUGCCGCCCACAGGUCACCCUACUUCAAGGCCAGUAUGCUGAAUGGUAUCGUCGCGCUCAACAGGGAGCUGAUCGAACAGGAGGUAGGCAUCAACAUCACAAUGGUGGGCAUCGAUGAAUGCCUCUUCGAGAACCUCAACUGCGAGACGAGUUGCACGAACGCCCUCAUGGUGGACAGGCAGCCGAUCGUCGUCAACGCCAACCGUACAUCCUUCGUCGGGGUGAACACCUGGGUGCAGCCCAGAUGCGUAUGUGGAGCUAGAGACUUCUCAGAAAUAGAAACUUGCAGAAAAAGGCCUCAGCCAUGCUACAACGGGGGACGAUGCUUCGAGUCCUACGGCGGUGUGAGCUGCAAGUGCCCGGAGGGUUUCGAGGGCCCCCAGUGCCAGUUGACAACACGCAGCUUCGACGGUCGUGGGUGGGCGUGGUUCCCUCCCCUCCAGCAGUGCGAGCGAUCCCACCUAAGCCUGGAGUUCAUGACCCGCAAGCCGGACGGUUUGUUACUGUACAAUGGACCCAUCGCUAACCCGGACGUCGGGGAGGUGGCGCCCCAGGAUUUCAUUUCCCUCGAGCUGCAAUCUGGUCGGCCUCGCCUGCUGGUGGACUUCGGAAGUGGCACAGCAGAGGUGGUCGUCUUUGUCGACGAGUCCCUCAGCGACGGGGAGUGGCAUCAAGUGGACAUCUUCUGGGACAGAGAGACUAUUCGCCUCGUCAUUGAUAAUUGUCAGAAAGCAAAAAUUGAGGAUUCCGACCCCCCUAAGAUCAACAGAUCUCGAUGCGAGACUAAGAGCAACAUCCCGCCUUUCAACGAGUUUUUAAAUGUGAACACUCCUUUGCAGCUAGGAGGUGUGCACCAUCAGUAUUUAACAGACUACAGGUGGCAACACCAACAUACCAGAGAAGGUUUCGAAGGAUGCAUCAAAAACGUUAUUCACAACAGUGAGAUGUAUGACCUCGGAAAUCCCGGGAGCAGCGCCGCCAGCAGCCCCGGUUGCAAACCCGCUGAAGACGCCUGCAACAGCAACAGUGUCACCAGGCACUGCGAGCACGGCACUUGCGUCGGCACUUACAACUCGGCCAAGUGCAUCUGCUACCCGGGCUACUUCGGGACCCGCUGCGAUAAAGAAACCAUCUCCAAGAUGUUCCAGCAAAACAGUUACAUCAAGUAUGCCUUAUCUUUUGAACCGGACCCUUACCGGACGGACAUACAGCUGCAAUUCCGAACGAGGCAGAAACAUGGAGAGCUCUUCCGGGCGACCAGCAAGCACGGGAGGGAAUACUGCAUACUGGAGAUCCGGGACAAGAAACUGCGGCUGCGCUUCAACCUAAACCACCUGCGGUCAGCGGACGAGCACGAGCUCUGGCUUCCGAACGUGCAAGUGAGCGAUGGCCAGUGGCACACUGUGCGCGUGCUGCGACAUGGUUCGACAGCUAGCCUGUCCCUGGAUGGUGGCGGGGGGCGGCGCUACAACGAGCUGCUGGAGUACGAGGGGCAACACCAGCUUAUGAUGAUCGAGAAGCAGAACGUGAUAGCCGGCGGGGACGUGCAGUACGUCGGACCCGGUGUCACUGUUGUCGACAACGAUUUCCAGGAAGGUUGCAUGAACGAUAUCCGGUUGGACCAGCGCUACCUGCCGAUGGAAAAUGGUUCGGAGAACGCCGCCGUCUUGGAGUGGAGGAACCUAAUCAACAAAUGCCCCUCCAACAACCCCUGCCAGGGGAUCAUUUGCCCGAAACCUUUCAUCUGCUUGGACCUAUGGAUGCUGCACGAGUGCCGCUGUCCUACGGGUCUCCGCCGGCACCCUUUCGACCGCAGACAGUGUAUUGACAAGAACGAGUGUGAGGAAGGAAAGAGCGUCUGCUCGGAGGGAGGAACGUGCCACAACUUGCCCGGUGGGCGAGGCUUCUUCUGCGUCUGCCCUCCCUCCCGAGAGUUGUGCUUCAACUGCAGCUGCGACAGUCUCGUGAGGGAGACCGUCGUCCCGCAGGUGUCUUCCACUUUGGUCAUGGGAUACGAUGCUCUGGCCAUCAUCCUGGCUUCGGUGGCGACUUUACUUAUACUGGUGCUCGUGAUCGUGGCAUACACGCGGAACCGUCGUCCCAAUCAGAAGUACGGUCAUGGAGAUGUGGAUGACGACGUCCGGGAAAAUAUCAUCAGCUACGACGACGAAGGGGGAGGAGAAGACGACAUGAACGCCUAUGAUAUCACCCCACUACGCAUCCCUAUCGACGCCACAGGCACCCCUCUGGGAGCGAAACCCGGACCGGAGAAGCCACCCAUCAAAGAGCCCCGCCAGAGGCAAAUUCCCCCUGGUGAUGGCGGAGUUGGCGAAUUCAUCCGGGACCACCUGGACAAAGCAGACCAUGACCCGAACGCGCCCCCCUUCGACGACCUCCGCAACUACGCGUACGAGGGGUGCGGAUCGACGGCCGGAUCGCUGUCCUCACUCGCCUCCACCGCCGCCGAGGACAACGACCAAGACUUCGACUACCUCAACGGCUGGGGACCUCGCUUCCAGAAGCUGGCGGAUAUGUACGGGCCCGGGGACAGCGAAGAAGACUAAGCCAUGGAGAGGGACACACUAAUCUAGUCACCUGUUGCUCUUGUCUAGGAAAGGAAAGGGACAAUUAUGUAACAAUUAUCCUUCUCACCAUUUAUAUCUCCACCGCGUUGAACAGUGCACACACACAAUCAUUUUUCAGUUUUUGUCGUAGACCACGAACGAGAUUUUGCUUUUCAGAAAAUUGCAGGCUGGUCAUCGCUUCGUUUCAGAGCGGCAGAAAAUGUUCCUCGGCCGGUCAAAUCAGAAACUGUAUGGCGAUUGGUCCUCAACUAGGGUUCUUUCUGCUUCGGACAUCCGAUACAUAAAUCCGGAAACAUCCGUCACUUCUCAGCUAGCUAAUACGAGCCGGAGGGAAUCCUCUAGUCACACAACGCUGGACAGCUGACCAGCGAAUUAUUGAGAGUUGAAGCUAUGUGUGUGGUCAGACAUUUCCCUGCGAGCAAAAAGGAAAUGUGCGUGUGAGUGGACUCAUUAGUCGAAGAUAUUUAUUUCAGCAGUUUAGUGCAUGAUUUCAAACAAAGUAUAUCGCGUGCAGCUAAACUAACUAUCCGAGAAAAAUCAAGUGACCAAUCUAUUUGCAAAAGCUGCGGUCCAGAUUUUUUUUAGUGGGUAGUCUCUGUCGAGUGAAAAAUGACCGUUGGUUUAAGCAGCUUUAAAGGACUUUAAUUUCAACUGAAUUCUCUUCUUGUUUCGUGUGUGUGCAUGUUAGAAGUUGUAGAUGCAAAACGACGAAGCUUCCAAUGCCCCGGGGAGGAAGCAACCACCGGAGAACAGCAGGCACCCUUUGUGGCGUCAGCACUAUCCAAACGAGGGUUUCACCCUCAAUUUUGCACCUGUUUUUCGUGAUCUUUUUUAUUUCAAUCACGAUUAUCGGUUUCGUUUCUUAUUCAUUUUCCAUACCAUUCGAAGGUGGUGAUUCAACAAACUUGUUCUUAAUAAAAAAACUGCUGAGAAAAUCAAUUCCUGUUUGUUUUUUGCUUGUUUCCUCGUUUCUCCUCGAAAUGAAAACAGAAAACAGGUCGCUACUCCCAAAAAACUACCGGUGGGAACUUAUAUCUCCACUGUCGCCAUCAAAAAUGACUCUUUUGAUGAACUCUAGCCGGUCUAUUGUACGAGUGGUGAGAAACGCGUUCCGGCUGCUGCAGCUCUCCAGUCCAGAUUGAAGGAGAGAAACCCCCAAAUCGGAAAUCUCCGUCUAAAAAGAGAUCCUUCUUAUACAUGGCAUUCUAGAAAAUAAAUGUUGGUGAGGCUCAUAGCGUUUAGUAAAUGCUGAGGGCUCAGCAUCCAAUCCGUUUCCCGCCACUCUUUUUGUUUUGUGAAUAUUUACAUUGAGUAGUAUUUGAUUCGACAAUGCCAGUAAAGUGCUGAAUAUUGUGUAUAAAUAAUAUGUAUAUUCUGUGCUCCUUAUGAUUAAGAUAAUUUUCUCUUACACAUCAAAAUACAUUUUGGAUUCAACUGGGCAUUUCAAAACGACUUAUAAUUGUGCGAUUCGACUUCAAAUUCCAUUUUUUUAAAUUAAAAUUUUCAACAGUCUUUUGCUUUUUCUGAGAGAAGUGCGAAAGGGACAUUAAUCCAACGAUUUAUAUUUUAGCUACUAAGCAAGGGCGUAUUUAGCUUGUUGGAGAGUCCUGACGCUAAAAUCUUGGGGGCCCUCUGAAAUUGUUAUGCAUAUGUAUUGUGCAUUUCGAUUUAACGGUCAGUAUAUUUAAAACAAUAUUUAUAAUUUUGAAAAAUUUUAAUUACUCUAACUUUAUUUUUAUUAAUAACAAAUGCGUUUCGUACUUCAGUAGUUGACUUUGAAAAAGAGUACGAAAAAAAAAUUAUUAAGUGAAUGAUUGAGCAAUUAAUUGAUUAGUAAGUGAUGAUCGGGCAAGAGACAGAUGAUUCGUUUAAAUAACCGGCCCAUUCAUUUUAAUAAUUACUGGAAAUGAAUAUUAAUCAUCCAGACGGAAUUAGGAAAGUUUCGAGAAAAACUAAUCGCUAUAAAAAUAAUAAUAAAAUCAUUAUCUUGAGGGUUCUGACGUGCGCUACCUUUAAUACGCCCUUGCUUUUUUGAACUAUUCAAAGCGGAGAUAGAUGUUUGACUAUAAAAGUGCUGGGAAAAGUUUGUAAGAAUUUGGAUAGCACUUUUUUUUUCAAAAAUUCGAUGAAGGUACCUCCUGAAAAAGCAAAUGAGUGACAAAUUUUAAUGGCUCCCAAUUCUGCAGACGCUUUGUUUCUUUUUUGGACGCUGGCGCGUUUGUCAGUCUUUGUAACCGAUUUAGUCAAAGUGCAUUUGUAUGUGGUUUCUAGUUAUAUUCCCCACAAAGCAAACAAACAUUUUUACAUGCUACUCUGUAAUCAGACGUGGAUUCGUUUUUUUAAAAAUCUAGAUAAAAAAAGAAUUAGAGAGAAGAAUCGAAAGACAUUAUUGGCUCACCAGACGAAAAAAUUUCAAGUUUUUCACUUGAGUAGUUGACCAGAAUAACUUGCACGGAUUUAUUAGAUACGGCUGCACUUGUUUCCUCGCCGUAAUCAAAACUUGUUUUCAAAUAUGAAAAUUAUCGAUCAUUGAAAACGUCUUAGACUUCAUUCACUUCUUCAAGAUUAUUUUCGUUGUUAAAAUUGCGUGCGAAAAACAAUCAGUUGCAUGUAGGAAGCGUAUGGCGAGAUCGAAAUUUAAAUAAAGUCAGUAAUAAUAUCAAAAUACGCAAUCCAAAUCUGUAAACGAAAGGCUCCCUCAUUCUAUUCAUUCCUUGCAUUACUCAGGUGAAAAAUGUCUCAAAGCCAGAGAGAUUCCUUUUUCUGUUGCAUUCCAUUUUGUGAAUGAAGUGUAAGUGUUUGUAUUUCUUCAUCACCAAUUGAUUUUGUGCCAAGAUUUUUUGUGUUUGUUCAAUCAUACGUGAAAUAAAUGAGACAAUUCAAUAAAUUCUGGUCGUCUUCUAA